AUGCAGGGUCGUUUGUCUGCUUGGCUAGUCAAACACGGGUUAGUUCAUAGAUCCUUGGGUUGAUACCAAGGAAUAGAGACUUUACAAAUAAAGCCCGAAGAUUGGCAUUCCAUUGCUGUUAUUUUAUAUGUAUAUGGUUACAAUUAUUUACGUUCUCAAUGUGCUUAUGAUGUAGCACCGGGCGGGCUGUUAGCUAGUGUGUAUCAUCUUACGAGAAUAGAGUACGGCGUGGAUCAACCGGAAGAGGUAUGCAUAAAAGUAUUUGCUCCAAGGCGGAAUCCUAGAAUUCCAUCCGUUUUCUGGGUUUGGAAAAGCGCGGAUUUUCAAGAACGGGAAUCUUAUGAUAUGUUUGGAAUCUCUUAUGAUAAUCAUCCACGCCUGAAACGUAUUUUAAUGCCCGAAAGUUGGAUAGGAUGGCCCUUACGUAAGGAUUAUAUUGUCCCAAAUUUUUAUGAAAUACAAGAUGCUUAUUGAUGAUAAGAAACUUCUUUUCACUUCUAUGAUAUCAGAUAUUUAAAGACUUUUUAUAUGUUCUGCUCUAGAUCAAACAGAAUAAUUGAUGUCCCGCCGGUAUUCUAUUAUGGAUAGAUAAAAAAUUCAUUGAGAUUCUAAAAAGUUGUCUUUUGGAUGAGCU